AUGGCGAAUGCCACAAGAGCUGAUCUAGUUUGUAACGACACUGCUGCAUGGGACUGGGUUUACACCAUGCAGCCUGCCUACAUGUCCAUCAUUUGCCUUCUUGGGGUGAUCGGCAACUCCUUUGUGCUGUGCGUGUUCUGUCUCCAGAAGCGACGUAGCUCCGUGGCUGACAUUUACCUGAGCAACCUGGCAGUAGCUGAUCUCCUCAUGGUUUCCUGCCUGCCAUUUUGGGUGGCGAACAUUAUCAACGAGUUCCGCUGGACAUUUGGGGAGCCCAUGUGCCAGCUCGUCAACAUUGUCAUCGGGAUGAAUUAUUAUUGUAGUGUGCUGUUUCUUACACUUGUGAGCAUCGACAGAUACCUGGUCCUCACCAGACCCCUGUCCCAAGGGAGGGAGAGACGAGCAUUAUGGGCACGUGGGAUUUGCUUUAGUAUCUGGAUUGCUGGAGUCUUGCUCAGCCUCCCUGGUAUCCUCUUCCGCUCUGUGCAGUUUGUCCCUGAGGUGGGCAUUGUCGCAUGCUACCUUGAAUAUCCCCAUGAUGGCUGGAGACUGCGCUACAAUAUGACUGUCAGCAUAGUCGGCUUCCUCAUCCCUGUUCCUAUUGUAUCGUUCUGUAGCUACCACAUCACCAAAGCCAUCCAAAGUAGCCAGAAGAUGAGAAAAGGCAGCAGAGGGAGUGCGGAAAGGAAAGCGGCAUACCUUGUACUUGUCGUUCUGGCUGUGUUCAUCUUCUGCUGGCUGCCAUACCAAAUUUUGAUCUUCUUGGAUACAUUGGAUCAUUAUAAUAUCUUCUCUGGGUGUACAUCGGGUUACAUGUUGGACAUUGGCAUCCAGAUAGCUACUUACCUUGGCUAUAGUAACAGUUCAUUGAAUCCUUUCCUGUAUGUGAUUGUGGGGAAGCACUUUAAGCAGAAGGCAAGGGAAGUGUUGAGACAGGUGCUGUGCAGGAGGAAAUGGCAGUGGGUAAAGUCUGGCAAUUCCAAUGUCAAUCUCAACUCAACUAAACAAACUGAGAGUACUAAAAUCUAA